AUGUUGAUCCCUGAAGACCAAAUAUGGAUGGUCGUUGUUGGUUUCAUAAUAGCUUUUAUUCUUGCUUUUGGAAUUGGUGCAAAUGAUGUGGCAAAUUCAUUCGGGACUAGUGUUGGGGCCAAAGUAUUAACACUGAAACAAGCUUGUAUUCUUGCUACAAUCUGUGAAUUAAGCGGUUCUGUUCUUUUAGGUGCUAAAGUUUCCAAUACCAUACGGAAAGGUAUUGUUAGUGUCGAACUUUUUCAAACCAUCGACAACGGGCAUGUACUCUUGAUGGCCGGACAGGUUGCUGCUCUGGGUGGUUCUUGUAUUUGGCUUUUGGUUGCUACAUUCUUCCGUCUUCCAGUCUCUGGCACACAUAGUAUUGUAGGUGCAACGAUGGGUUUUAGUCUUGUUGUUUUUGGACUCAAUGCUAUUCAAUGGAAAGGACUACUAAAAAUUGUUGGAUCAUGGUUUCUCUCACCUCUUCUAAGCGGUUUGGCAUCUAUCGGAGUAUUUUUCCUAAUGCGUUUUAUGGUGCUGAGAAAAGAAGAUCCUCUUGAACCUGCACUUAAACUUAUCCCAGGUUUUUUCGGCACAGUGGUUCUGGUCAAUAGUUUUUCAAUAUUUUACGAAGGACCUUCGCUGCUGAAAUUCGAUAGGAUACCUCUUUAUGGAAUAUUUAUAAUUAGCUGUGGUUUAGGUAUUAUCACUGUUCUACUUGUGAAGUUUGUUUGGGUACCUUUGGUUCGUCGACAUAUUUUAACUGGAGAAUCGAGUAGACAUAUUUUAAAAGGCUACUGUUCCCGUAAGAGCAAAAAGAAAUUGUCUGUCGCUGUAGACGAUAAGUAUCAAUCUGUUGAGGAUAAUAAAUCUUCCAAACUUUCAAGCAGUAAUCAUGAAUCGAUUGAUAUGGAUACGUAUGUACCUCAUGCAGAGGGAGAGGCUGUGGUUGGAUUUCGAAACAAUGUUGCCAGAGGAAAUACAGAUGACAAAGACAAACUUGGACGAUUUACUAAUGAAAAUAAUGGUGUAUUGCAGGGAUUAGAAAAUCAAAAUAAAGUUUCAAGUCAUUUCGAAGUGAAACCAAGUAAUCCAGAUGAAACAGUUUAUAAAAGAAAUCAGUUAAAUAAGGUUUUGGAUUAUUCACCAAAUGAUCAAAAUGCCAUCACGGAUGGUAGUCAUAAUUUAACUAAUGGUAAAAUGAAUGUAUCAUUUCCUCCUAACCUAUCUACAAUUGGUGAAGAACCAGAUCCUAUCGAUUCAGUUAAAGAUCGUCCUGCUGAAGCUCAAGUUUUCUCUUCUUUACAAAUUUUAACAGCUGUUUUUGGAUCAUUUGCUCAUGGUGGUAAUGAUGUAAGUAAUGCUAUCGGGCCGUUGAUUGGUUUAUGGCUUAUUGCUACAACACAGUCAGUUGAUUCAUCGAAAACUACAGAUGUUUGGAUUUUGGUUUAUGGUGGUGUUGGUAUAUCAGUUGGUCUUUGGAUAUGGGGUAGACGAGUUAUUCAAACAUUAGGUGAAGAUCUGACGAAAAUAUCACCUUCCAGUGGCGUUUGUAUUGAAAUUGGUUCAGCCCUAACUGUAUUAAUUGCUAGUAAAAUUGGUCUGCCAAUAUCAACUACACAUUGUAAAGUUGGUUCAGUCGUAUUUGUUGGACGUGCACGUUCUAGAGACAAUGUUAAUUGGGGUAUAUUUCGUAACAUUCUAGUUGCAUGGUUGGUAACCUUACCCGCUGCUGGUGCUAUCUCUGCUUUACUCAUGUAUAUAUUUACAUUUGUAGUAUGA